CAGUAACCUGUGAAGAGAGGAAAAAGGAGGAUUUACUGAAAAAUAAGGAUUUACCCGCGGUGGGGCUUUAGCAGAAGUAGUCGGGGUUGUAAACUUUUUUUGUUGUUGCUUUUUGUUUGUUUUUUUAUUAAACGGGACUUCCAAAGCACAAUUUUGUUUUACUUCAAAAGAGAAAAAAACCCAACAACAUUUCACCUGCUGUUAAGGAAUACAGGACCCUGGGGGUGACGUUUCCAAACAAAAAGGCAACUGCCUAAGUUCGGACCACCUGCCCAGCGUAGUUACUGAGAGAGGAGAGGAAGGGGGAGCUACACUCAUCAUUGUCUGCUGCUGCCUUGUGCUUCCUCCUGGCUUCAGAUGUACGCUGAGAAAGUUGUGACAGAGGGGAAGAUGGGGAACAGAGGCAUCUCUCUGACCUGUGUGUUGACCCCCUGGAGGUUGAUGGGCAUCUGUGCAACGCUCAUGACCAUUGGAGCCAUCGGCGCUGCAGUCUGGGCCGUAGUUACAUUCUGCACUAUGGAGGAGGACACAGGACUGUAUGAUGUUCAGGUAAAUUCACCUGACCAGCAUCUCAGAGUGUUUGACUCCGCUCAGAGGAGGUGGCGCCAGGUGUGUUCCUCGUCAGCCAAUGAGCUUCUUGCUAGCAUCAGUUGUGAGGAAGUUGGAUUUGUCAGUGUGGUGAACUACUCGGUCGCAUCGGUGCCUGAAGCCAGUGGUGACGUUGGAGAGUUCUUCUGUGUCAGACAGGAAGAGCUCAGCUAUGGAAAGAAAAUCAAAGACUCAUUGUACCCAUGUGCCUGUGAGAGCCAGGAAGUUCUUACACUGUUAUGCCAAGACUGUGGCAGGCGUAGUUUUGCGGCGGACCGUAUAGUUGGGGGUGUGGAUGCCAGGCAGGACAGCUGGCCCUGGCAGGUCAGCUUACAGUACGAUGGCAUUCACCAGUGUGGAGGAUCCAUCAUCUCUAAUCGCUGGGUCGUUUCUGCGGCUCACUGCUUCCCAGAGCGGAAUCGUUUUAUUAAUCGAUGGCGCGUGCUGCUGGGCUCCAUCUACAACAAACCUGUCAAUGCCAACGUGGUUGAGGUGAAGACCAUUGUUUACCACAGUAGCUACCUGCCCUUUGUAGACGCCAAUAUUGAUGACAACAGCAGAGACAUCGCCGUGUUGGCCCUCGCACAGCCGCUUACUUUCAACGAGUACAUCCAGCCCGUCUGUCUGCCAGCAUAUGGACAACGGCUGGUAGAUGGACAGAUGGGAACAGUGACAGGAUGGGGAAACGUUGGAUACUACAGUCAUCUGGCAGACGUUCUUCAGGAAGCAAACGUCCCCAUCAUCAGUGAUGCUGUGUGUAACGCUCCUGAUUACUAUGACAACCAGAUCACCACCAGCAUGUUCUGUGCUGGCUACGAGAAAGGAGGCAUCGAUGCCUGCCAGGGAGACAGCGGAGGUCCUUUUGUGGCUGCUGACUGCCUGUCUAAAAGCAGCCGCUAUCGCCUGCUCGGUGUGGUGAGUUGGGGAACGGGCUGCGCCAUGGCUAAAAAACCAGGCGUCUACACCAGAGUUUCCAGGUUUCUGCCGUGGAUAUCCACAGCCAUGAGGAACUAUCACAACUCACCAGGCGUUCACAAACUGGCUCGACCAUGAGGCUCCUGCAUCCAUCUCUCAUCUUUUGGAUGACAAUACGAACCUUUUGCGUCGCUGAUACUGUGACCCCGUGACAGGGAAGUGAAAAACUGUGACCUUCCCCUCCUAUCAUGGCUUCAGACAUUUAUUCUGACGGAAACAUUCCCCACUUCCUGAGCCUUAUGCUUCACUAAAGGUGUACUGGUAGGAAACUAGUUUAACCAGUUGUUCUUAGAAGUUAUGAAGAUAUGGAAGCAAAAGACAUGUAAAUAUUGUCACUAAGGUGAAUUCUGCUUUUGAGAAACCUGUUGAGUUUAUUUUUCUCUCAUAUCUGAAGUAGACUUUGGACUUGAAGUACGGAUAACUGGACAUAUGAACUUCCAUGAAGCUCAAUCAAUCAGAGCUAUUCUGGAAGUAAACUUGAUUAAAAAAAAAGAUUUUAUCAAC